AUGGCACGGAGGUCAAUCACCGUCGUCAUAUAUACCCUGACUCUGGUAUCCGUUACUGCCUUUCUAUUGUUCUGCUUCGUUCUUCAAAGUCCAGUCCGAAGUGUCCGGUGGCUUCCAGCGGUUGGGCAUCAUGGAUCUGUCCAGGAGGGCGACUUCUUACUGGGGGUUGGAAAAGCAGAUAUCACAGGGCCCGUCGUUGAGAUCAACCUUAUGGGUUAUGCAGACACAGAUCAGUCAGGAACUGGUCUGCGGCAACGUCUGUAUUGCCGCGCAUUCAUAGUCGGAAGUCUCUCGGACCCCUCCUCGAGAAUCGUCUAUUUAGUCCUCGACACCCAGUCCGGUGAUACUGCUGUUCGCCAUGGCAUCCUGGAAGGACUCAAAAAGUUAGGACCAGCGUACAAGAUGUACAACAAGAACACAAUAGCUGUGACCGGUACACACAGUCACAGUGGGCCUGGAGCAUGGUUGAACUACCUUCUGCCGCAAAUCACGAGCAAAGGGUUCAGCAGGGAAAGUUACGAGGCUAUUGUCAACGGCUCUGUGCUCGCCAUAAAACGGGCACAUGCCAGUCUUGUUCCAGGUCAUCUGAGACUGGGUCAACAAAAGAUAACGAAUGCUAAUGUUAAUCGAAGUCCUUAUGCAUACCUACAGAAUCCUCUGCAGGAGCGAGAACGGUAUGCAGAAGAUGUUGACAAGGAAAUGACUCUUUUGGAGUUUGGCAGGGCGUCUGACGGUCAUCCUCUAGGUGCUCUGUCUUGGUUUCCAGUCCAUGGCACAUCACUCUACCAGAACAACACCCUGGUUACUGGAGAUAACAAAGGAGUGGCAGCGUACUUGCUGGAAGAGUAUAUGAGAGAAAAGAACCCAGAUUUCACGGCCGGGUUUUCGCAGGCAAAUGUCGGCGACACUUCACCCAACACUCUCGGGGCGUUUUGUGAAGAUACUGGCCUUCGAUGUUCUUUCAACGACAGUACCUGCGGCGGCCGAACUCAGCCUUGCCACGGCCGCGGACCAAUGUUCAGAUUUCUGGACCAAGGGACGAAGUCCUGCUUCGAUAUCGGCAGUCGCCAAAUGGCCGCAGCCAGAAACCUCCUAGAUAGCGACAGCCUAGAACGAAUACCAGCAUCAACCGUAUCCUUCUUCCACACGUAUGCCAACCUGUCAUCGUUCAAUUUCACCUCUCCCUUCAACCGGUCCCGACAACUCAGGACAUGUUCCGCCGCUCUGGGCUAUGGAUUCGCGGGUGGGACGACAGACGGGCCUGGAGCCUUUGACUUUUCGCAGGGUACAAAUGACACGGACGACUCUCCGUCUCUGAAGAACCCGCUCUGGAAGUUUGCACGUGGGUUUGUCCACGAACCGACGGAUGAGCAGAGAGCGUGUCAGAGACCCAAGCCUAUUCUGCUUGAUGUGGGAGCAGCUGACCAUCCGUAUGCGUGGACUCCCAACAUCGUCGACAUCCAACUCUUCCGAAUUGGCCCGCUCAUAAUCAUAGUGUCUCCUGGAGAAGCCACCACAAUGGCGGGAAGACGCUGGCGCGACUCUCUGGAAGCCGCGGCGCAGUCGGUUCUCCAUAUCGAGAAGCCCAUCGUCGUCCUCGGCGGGCCUGCCAAUACAUAUGCGCACUAUAUUGCGACCGAAGAAGAAUACGGCGUCCAGCGAUAUGAGGGGGCCAGCACGCUCUAUGGAGCACACACUUUGGCAGCCUACGUCAAUCUGACUCUCGACUACCUCCCGUAUCUGGGCUCGCCUGACGAGACUUCGGAUCUGGACAGGCUCCCGGCGGGCCCCAGCCCUCCCAUCAACGUCAAUUCUUCGUGGUCCUUCAUCACCCCGGUGGUGGUCGAUCACGCCGGUUUCCUACGCAGAUUCGGUCAGACACUUUCUUCCCCUGACCCGGCCACGUCGUAUAGACCUGGGACGACGGUCAAGGCCCGAUUUGUCGGCGCUAAUCCGCGCAACAACUUCCGUCUCGAGGGAACAUUUGCUGCUGUGGAGAGAUAUGACUCUUCAUCUGGCUCUUGGGUCCAAGUCCGAUCUGAUCGCGACUGGUUUCUCGUCUUUCGAUGGGAACGAACAAAUUCCGCGCUAGGAACAAGCGAGGUCAGUAUAGAGUGGGAAAUCGAGCCAGGCUCUGAGACAGGCAUGUACCGGCUGAAAUAUUAUGGCGACUUGAAGGGGUUGACAGGUCGGAUUACCCCUUUUGAGGGGACGAGCCGUGUCUUCAACGUCGCAGGCGACACGAACAAGACUGCAUUUUGGGAUGAGCUGGUUCGGCUGUAA